GUAGUUUUGCACAUUAUAAUUUUGACAGAGGUGUUAUGGUAACGCUAUAGAGGUUUCAAAACUUAGUUUAACUUUAUUAUAUGUGCGCGAUACUUCUACUUAAUGCGUUUACAUAGUUUUAUUUCAUCAGUAACACUCGCGGUGACCGAAGACAUUGUUACUAAUGUCUUAAAAUUUUAAAAUGGUUUAAUAAAAUAUCAGUUGGUCUUUCUUUCUAUAUAACCAUAUGAACAAUGAAAAAUUGACGCACGAACGAAAUACCUAUGGUUCGCGAAUCGCGCUAGGUCCUCCGAAAUCCAAACGUAAAUAUAAACAUGAAAUUCAUUUUUAAUAUGCAACGAAACACGAAACCUGUUUUAAAUGCUUGUGAUCCUGUUCUCGCCGCAGUUGAACACCGACUUUCCUCUUAUCUAGACUAUUCUCUGUAUGAUACCGCUAUCGUAUUGUUAUUUGACCGUUGCAUAUUACUCGUAUUAUGAGUCUAACUCGUGUAGUGGCUAUCACGGGAUGCGACAGUGGUUUAGGAUACGCGUUGGCUACUCGAAUAGCCCGUGAAGGUAUGGUGACGGUAGCCGGAAUGUUGAAUGGAGUGGAUUCUAGAGCAGCUAAGUCUUUGGAGAAAUUAAAGGUUCAUUCGUGUCCUUUGGAUGUGACGAGUGGAGAUAGUGUUGCUGGGUUCAAGGAAUAUGUGAACGGGCUGUUGAAAGAACACCCAAAUUACAGCCUAUACGCCAUCGUCAAUAAUGCCGGAGUCAUGACCAUAGGCGACUACGAAUGGCAAACCCCUACCAUGAUAGAAAACGCAGUAAACGUGAAUUUACUUGGUGCUAUGAGGGUAGUCUCCGCUUUCCUUCCACAACUAAGGAAGACCUCACAAGACGGAAUAAAACCUCGAAUAAUCAACGUGGCAAGUCACUGCGGUCUACAACCUCUACCAGGUUUCGCCGCUUACAGUGCAAGCAAAGCUGGCCUCCUGGCUUGGACGCGAGCGCUGCGUAUGGAGCUACGGGACCAUGGGCUCUCGGCUGUGGCUUUUGUACCAGGAGGUUUCGUUGGAUCUAGCAACAUACUGGCAGCACAAGCUAACUCCUGCAGCAAAAUGCUCGAACAUCUAGACCCGGACCAACGGAAACUUUUCGAAAAAAGAAUAACGGCCCUCAGUGACUACCUGCAAAGUGCGUGUCAAAAUUCGAACUAUGAUUCGUUAAAGGACAUAGAUAUAAUUGAGACGUUUGUUAAGGCGUUAACUGAUGAAAAGCCUCGAUUUUUAUACAAGGUGCAAUCGUGGAGAUAUGCGUGUUAUUACAGUUUGUUGAAAAUGCCUGUCCCUGAAGCGGCGCAUCUUUGGUUGAUAAAGAAGUUUCUGAGUUUUCCAGAAGUUUAACUAAGGAUUUGUAAUAUUUAUAAUUAUUUUAGUUUAUUGGUAUAAAGUUGACCAAAUGCGAGAAUCCUGUUUGAAAAUGUAGUAUUGAUAGUGUGUUACUAUGUUGUCUCUGAAAAGCGACAAUUAUAUCCACACUUCCCGAUUUCGGGCCUGAUACUCGUUUUCGUUUCACGGAAUAAGUAUCAGCACAUAACAACAUUUGAUAUGUAAAAAAUCUUUAUCUCUAAUUGCCAAAAAAUUUCAAUGGUAGAUAUUUUUGCAUUUCAAAUAUUGUAAACGAAGUGCUGAUAUUUGGUAAAACUGAAAAAUAUUAUUUCUCGGGCCCGAAAUCGGGUCUGAUUUCAGGCCUGAUGAAGUGUGGAUGUAAUUGGCACUUCACACCAUGUUAUACACGGUGUUAUGUUUUAUAAGUUUGUACAUACUUUACGAUGAAAAACCAAUAAAUAUUUAUCCAUGACAAUCCACA